AUGAAACUAUUACAAGAUCAACCAAAUAAUAUUACAUUAUUGACUAAUCCGGAAGUACUAAGAUUGAUUGAAAGUGUACUUGAUGUGGGCGCGGGCACUGUAAAUAACCAUGGCAAUCAAAAAACAAUGAAUGCAAAAAGACAAACAAAUACGCCGACAACAACUACAAAUAAACAACAAAAUAAAACUUUAACACUAGAACAAAAACAAUCACUUUUGGAACAUGAAAAUUUAGAUGUAAUAAAAAGAAAAGAAGAAAUUGCAAAGAUCCUUAAAGAACAAGAACGAUUAGCUUGUAUUAAUCCGGAAUUAAUUGAACAAGAAAAGACUAAAAGAAAUGAAUUUUUUCAAAAAGCUGAUUAUCCAAGUACACUUAAACAUUAUACGUAA